CAAGUAUGACAGGACUCGCCUAGCCCGCUGUGUGCGAGUUGUUCUUCUUCCCAGGCAAAUUUGCACGGUUUGUGGAAUUAGACCAUCCACCAUAAUGACCCUACGGCUCCCUGUCAUCAGCCUGCUGGCCUCGCUGGCAGCAGGCGCCGUCGUCGUCCCACGGGCGGAGUUUCACCCCCCUCUCCCGACUUGGAAAUGCACGACCUCCGGGGGCUGCGUGCAGCAGAACACCAGCGUCGUCCUGGACCGUGACUCGAAGUACGCCGCACACAGCGCCGGCUCGCGGACGGAAUCGGAUUACGCGGCAAUGGGAGUGUCCACUUCGGGCAAUGCCGUGACGCUGUACCACUACGUCAAGACCAACGGCACCCUCGUCCCCGCUUCGCCGCGCAUCUACCUCCUGGGCGCGGACGGCAAGUACGUGCUUAUGGACCUCCUCAACCAGGAGCUGUCGGUGGACGUCGACUUCUCGGCGCUGCCGUGCGGCGAGAACGGGGCCUUCUACCUGUCCGAGAUGGCGGCGGACGGGCGGGGCGACGCGGGGGCGGGCGACGGGUACUGCGACGCGCAGUGCCAGGGCUACUGCUGCAACGAGAUGGACAUCCUCGAGGCCAACUCGAUGGCGACGGCCAUGACGCCGCACCCGUGCAAGGGCAACAACUGCGACCGCAGCGGCUGCGGCUACAACCCGUACGCCAGCGGCCAGCGCGGCUUCUACGGGCCCGGCAAGACGGUCGACACGAGCAAGCCCUUCACCGUCGUCACGCAGUUCGCCGCCAGCGGCGGCAAGCUGACCCAGAUCACCCGCAAGUACAUCCAGAACGGCCGGGAGAUCGGCGGCGGCGGCACCAUCUCCAGCUGCGGCUCCGAGUCUUCGACGGGCGGCCUGACCGGCAUGGGCGAGGCGCUGGGGCGCGGAAUGGUGCUGGCCAUGAGCAUCUGGAACGACGCGGCCCAGGAGAUGGCAUGGCUCGAUGCCGGCAACAACGGCCCUUGCGCCAGUGGCCAGGGCAGCCCGUCCGUCAUUCAGUCGCAGCAUCCCGACACCCACGUCGUCUUCUCCAACAUCAGGUGGGGCGACAUCGGGUCUACCACGAAGAACUAG